GUUUGGGACAGUUGCCGCUUAGAAUGUCAGGAGUUUUAGUCAACUGCACUCUGUGAUCAAGGAGAACACACAAGAGUUUUUAAUCCAAAUAAGGGAUUUGUUGUCGAGGCUGCGAUCCUCUCGACUCCGAAAGCCACUCUGGAUAACUUGUGAUUUGAACUGUUGAGCGCGUCAGUGUGCGAUCGUUGUCUCAACUGUGCAACCGACAAUUAACCAACAAUAAACAAGGAAGCAAAGAGAGCCCAAGAGAGCGGCCGCAAACUGGGCGAAUUGGCGUGCCAUGUGCCACUUGGAUCGACCAUGGCCGCCGACCAUCACAUCCAGCAGCAUCAAGCCCAUCAGCAUCACUCGUCGCAACAGCCAACAACGCCAUCGACAACGACAAUAACACGCGAAGACAGUUUGGAGCGCCUGUUCCCUCGUUGUCGUCUGCGAUCGCCGCCCGUCGACACGGCCGUCCUCAUCGAUUUGAGCGAUGACAACGUGGUCCAAACGAGCGCUGCCCUUCCUUUGCAUUCGUUCGGCCGACCGACGCCCAUGACUCAUGCGGAUGGCGGUCAGUCUGACAGCGACGCGUCGCCGAUCCGUCGGCCGCCUUCGCUCAAAUUGAACAUCGCAGCCGGACAGCCACAGCAGCAGCAGCUGUUGCAACAGCGCCGUUAUUGCCCGUCGGUCAAGUACAGGACGGAGAGUGCGGAAUUGCGGCGAUCGAAAUUCCUGCGCCGGCCGCGCACCUUGGAUCACAACACGUGGAGCCUCUACGGCGACGUCUACGCCGGAGGCUACGAGCCCAGCUCGGACUCGGAGGACAACGACGGCGAUCAUUUCGGUUUCCCGUCCGGCGGUAAAUCUGGCAACGUGGCACCGGCCCCUUCGUCGUCGAGCUCGUCGUCCAGCUUGAGGAAGUCGAAUCCGUCGGCGUCUGCGGCUGUGCGGACCAGCGCCUCCGAGUCGCACAUCGUCGGCCAUUGGAAGAAAGGAGGUCACAAUGGCCACCACGCCGAGGCGGCCGGCCAUCAGCGGCAUCCGCGUCGUCGCGGCGUCAAAGAAAUUUACGACUUGACACCUACGCUGUCUGCCGGAUCGGCUUCCGGUGGCGGUGGCGGUGCAAGUGGCUCGAGCGUCCAGCUCGACCCCACGCGAAUGGAAAUCGCCGGCGGCCGAGAGAUUGUGUCGCUUUCGAGAAGCCGGACGCGAGGAUCGCAGCGGAAACAGCACCGGGUUCAAUCGAUGGUCGAUCCGGCGCCCGUGGAUAGCCCUCCUAACAACAACAACAACAGCAACAAUAACAACAACAAUAGUACGCCGUCGUCGAGCAGCAACCGGAGCAUGAACCGCUACAGCGGCGAGGUUUAUUACGAGGAGAGCGUGGGCCGUUACGGCUUCCACGUCGGCGGAGGCAACACGCUGUGGGGUAGUCAAGGGCUGGAGCCGAGCUUCAGCAUUGCCAGCCAUUUGAAUGAGAAACAAUAUCCUUCCUCCGGCAACGCUGCAGCCGCCGGAAUGGCUGACGGCACUGCGGCCAAGUCGGAGCAGACGUGCGCCCAGCACCACGGCCUCAAACGGCCGCUCUCUUGGGCCGGAGAUGAUCCGGUGACGGAUCGUCAAAUGGCGGAACAGCAUCCGCAACGAGAAGCUCGAGAGCUGGCCAGCGCGUCGAGUCCGGAUCGCCAAGGGCAGUCGUCUGAUGGCGAGGCGAAGCCUUCGGCCACGCUGCCCAACGGCCCGUCGACCGCAAUCGAAGAUGCGGCCGGUACUCAAAUGCAGGCCGUUCACGGCUACUUGACUGAUUUCUAUCCGGAAGUGGUGGCGGCCGAGCUGAACAGCGCCGAUCCAUCAUCGCCGAGCCCUUUGAAUCUUGACAACUACCUGUCGGAACAGUUGAACCAGUUUGCCCAGCAAAAAUCCAUCAGGCGGGAGGCCAGCGAAGCGGAAGAAGCGUCGCAGCUGCUGCUAUCGCAAUCGCCACCCGCUCAGCAGCAGCUGACUGUCGCCACUGUCAUUGGCGGAUUGACUAUCGCCCAGUAUGAAGGAUCACCUCGUCGCUAUGGCGUGCGAGCUCAUCCGGCGGCGAUGCCCGUUGCGCCCGUCAAUGCCAACGGACAGGAUGAAUAUUCGGAUGAAUGCGGCAGAGCCGCAAACGGACCGAUCGCGGGCUUGCCUCAGGCGCGACCUUUAGUUCCAGGAUUUCCCAGGCGAAUCACGAGCAGUCCCAAUCCGGCCCAUCCGCAGGCGACGUUCAGCCCGUCGGCUACCAGGCAGACGUUGGUGGAUUUGGCCGCCGGGCCGGCGGCCACGUCCACGCCCGUCGCUGCUACGCCGGAAGCUUUGUCAGCCAAUCAUCUGUCGUGGCACCUGGAAGACGUCGACGACAGGAGCAUCCGCUCAUCCGGCGGGCAGGAUCAGCACGCGGACGCCAUUUCCCUCAACGCGGAGACGGACCUGGGCGAAACGGAGGUCGGACUGCAGAUGGGCAAGAGCCGCAAUUUCACGCUGUCCCCCGAAACGACCGAUUACGACGAUUCCGAGCUGGACAUUUACAACGGCGCCGAACUGUCCGUCUGUCCGGACAUUCCCGCCCUGAACGGAACCCAAACGUCCGCAUCGUGUCACGUGGAAUCGUUCGACGGCGUGGCUGUAGGCGCCGAAACGGCGGGCCGUCGGCGGAACAGCAGCAAAAGCCAGAACGGACUGAAAGGCCAGUUCAGUAGCAUGCCCAUCUUGGAGGACGGCCUGUCGUCGGGCCGCAGCAGCGCCGCCAGCGGCCAUGAAGACAUCAGCGUCGCUAGUAGCGCCAGCAUCACCAGCGCUAGCGACACGGAAGAGGACGCCGUAACGGAUCGCAUCCCGCUCAUGUCGGAUCGCCGGAUGAAACAGUUGUCUGCCCAGCAGCAACAUGCAUUGCAUCCGGCCAAUAAUGGAUGCCGUAAUCUGGCGGGUGCCAGCCCGCUCCAAUCAUCGAUCACGGGCCUUUCUGGUGCUCGUUCCACCAAGAAUUCUUGCUCGUCUUCGUCUUCUUCGACCACGGCGGCGGCUGCUGGUCAUCAACAACAACAACAACCGCAAGCGAUGUGGUCGAAGAAGUUGUCGUCUGCUCUCUCGGAUUGCGACCAUCACAAUCAUCAAGAGGCCGGCAUAAUCCAGGGUUCGUUUCGAGCACGGAAUGCCACGCCUCCUCCGCCGGCCCCGAUCGCUCAUCGGCCGCCGAGUUCGACUACUCAACAACACGCUGUGCAGACGGCCGCCUCUACAUCGCCGACGGUGAGCAACGGUGUCAAAUCGUUUGCGGCCGCAUCGGCGGUUGGCUCCGUUGGAGCGCAACAGAACCGCGCCAACAAUCACGCCAGUCCGUUGAGGCUCAGUCCAGGCCCGGAUACGCCUUCCAUCACGUCCGGUGGCGCUGGCGGAAGCAGUAGUAGCAGCAGUAGCAGUAGUAGCGGUAGCAGCUGUAGUAGUAGCGGUGUCGGUUCGUCUGCCGGCAAAAUGCAGAACGUUGGCGGCCAACAACAGCCGAAAAGGGUGGGCCCUUCGGGCGAUUUGAGUUUGCACGAACUCGGCGACGCGCUCGAUCACGGACGCAUGAGGAAAGCCAGUUCGGUGCCGCCUCCAGCUGCCGUUGCCGCAAUACAGUCACCCCUCUCUCGUUCGCCGCCCAUCUGGGUGCCCAGGCAGAGCAGCGAUUAUUGGGCCAAGAAUUCGCCCACAUCGACGUCACCCAGGUCUAGAUGCAAAGUGGGCGGAUCUGGCAUGCAUCCGGACGGCAGUAAACUCAAUGUAGACGACGACGACGAACGGGAAACGGACCAGCUGCUGCGCGAUCCCGACGACCAGGGCUUCUUCGACGAGCACGCGCGCCCACCCGUUGCUUCGGAUGUCGGUCGAGCCCAUCCGGCGACGCGGAUGGGGUCGCCGCCCACACCGUCGUCGCUGCGAUCGGCUUCGACGGCGUCGUCGUCGACGCGCUCGUCACCUCAACAACAGCAGCAGGUGCCGCAAAAUCAUCAGCCGACGAUGUCGGUGGCGGCCGCCGCCACGGCAGCGCUGGCCAACGGGACGAGCCCAUCGUCUUCCAGCGGAGGAGGCCCACCUCCGCCGUCUCGCCAAUCCGAACCUAAGGAUCUCAAGUACCGAGAAACGACGCCGUCAGCUAAAAAGAAGGAUGACAACUCGAGCCAGAGCAAGAAGAAGGGAAGGAGCAAAGAAGUGAUGGUCCACGAACCUGCAGUCCUCAUCGAGGGUGUUCUAUUCCGCGCCAAUUACCUGGGCUCAACGCAGAUCGUCUGCGAAGGCCAGCCGACCAAAUACACUCGCAUGAUGCAGGCAGAAGAAGCCGUUUCACGCAUCAAGGAUCAAGAUAUUGGGCAAGACGAUGGCGAAACAGGCAGCCAUUCGUCACCGGCGUCCAUUUCUUUCGACGAAGAAGACGAAGAUCUCGAGACGGACGCUGUCGCUGCUGACGAAUCGAUGGCGCUCGAUUUAGACGAUACGCAACCGGAAUCGAGUGCCGACUUAUCCAUCAGCAGCACGAGGAUACACGUCAAUCCUGGAAGCGAGACGGCCGUUACGUCUCGCUCGUCUUGCGAUUUCAACGCCAACGUUUCCUCGUGUUCUGGCCAGAGCCCUCGGCCGGAACAUUUGUACGGACAAGAUGAUGACGACGAGGAGCAGCUCGAUGAAGAGGACGAUCCACCUUGUGUUUCGUCCAAAGUGAUUCACGGCUGUAGUUUCCGUUUAGUCUACCACGGUUCAUCCGAAAUAGAUGAACUGCAACCGGAUAGCUCGGCAGCAUCCGGCAGCUGGAAGUACCGCACUAAAAAGGGCAUGGUUGAAGAGGCCGUGCUGAAACUAAAGGCGCCCGAAGGAGAGACACAGCCGACAACCGAAGUGGACCUGUUCAUUUCCACGGAGAAAAUCAUGGUCCUCAACACGGAAUUGAAAGAAAUUAUGAUGGAUCACGCCUUGAGAACCAUUUCCUACAUUGCUGACAUUGGAGACCUGGUCGUCUUGAUGGCCAGGCGGCGAAUGAUCACUCAAGAUGGCGAGGAUUCCAGUAACAAAAUCGCAAAGACGCCCAAAAUGGUCUGUCAUGUCUUCGAGAGUGAAGAGGCCCAGUUUAUUGCCCAGUCUAUCGGCCAGGCCUUUCAAGUUGCCUACAUGGAAUUCCUGAAAGCCAACGGCAUCGAAGAUCAGAGUUUUGUCCGCGAAAUGGACUAUCAAGAAGUCUUGAAUUCUCAAGAGAUAUUCGGCGACGAGCUACAAAUGUUCGCCAAAAAAGAGCUUCAAAAAGAGGUUAUCGUGCCGAAAGCCCGCAACGAAAUCCUGGGAGUUGUGAUCGUCGAAUCGGGAUGGGGAUCGAUGCUCCCCACUGUCGUCAUAGCCAAUUUGGCUCCGGCCGGAGCGGCUGCACGAUGCGGUCAGCUCAAUAUCGGUGAUCAGAUAAUUGCCAUUAACGGCAUCAGCCUUGUAGGGCUACCGCUAUCCACCUGUCAGACUUACAUCAAAAAUGCCAAGUCGGCAACGGUGGUCAAACUCACUGUGGUUCCUUGUCCUCCCGUGGUGGAGGUGAAAAUCAAACGACCCGACACCAAGUACCAAUUAGGUUUCAGCGUCCAGAACGGAGUGAUUUGUAGCCUUCUACGAGGAGGGAUCGCUGAACGCGGCGGAGUUCGCGUCGGUCACCGGAUUAUUGAAAUUAACGGUCAAAGCGUCGUUGCCGUACCUCACGAACGCAUCGUUGGUCUUUUGGCCACUUCUGUCGGAGAGAUAAACAUGAAGACGAUGCCCACCUCCAUGUUUCGCCUUUUGAUUGGCCAGGAAACUCCUGUCUACAUCUGAUAGUCACAGAAACUGUUGUUUGUGCUGCUUAUGUUUGGUUUUGUUUUGGGUUUUGACUCGCCAGGAGUCACAGUCUCUCGCAUCUCCCGAGUCUUCGUCGAAAUUUGUUUUUUUUUCUUUUGAUACUUUGGCAAUCGUGAAACGAAACAGAAAAGAAAAAAAAAAAAUCAAUUAAAAAAAUCAUUUGUGUAUCUCAGUACCCGUGUACUGCGGGAUGACCGUGGUAACACUUUGUUCAAAAGUAUUACGAAUUUCCCGUACCCAGAAACAAUUUUGUUGACGUUGAUCACGUUUGAACGGCCAUUGAUUUUCAAUGCCGGAGCAGAGAAAAAAAAUUUUUUUUCUUUUUGAUCCACGUCUCUCUUUCUUUCUUUCUUUUUUUUAAAAUACCCCAACUUAACUUUAGGUUUCGAUCUAGUCUCCGUUGGUUUUCCAUUGCUGUAUGCUCGUAUUAUUUUUUUGUUUUAAUUUCUUUUUCUUAUUUGUUAUAAUAAUGUAUUUUUUUGUUUUUGUUUUCCUCUCCAAGUCAUUUCAAACGGGAAAAAGAGUGAAGAAGCAAAGCUGGUAUUCUUUCUUAUUUUUCACAAAAACCAUAUCUCAUAUCAACCGCGCUUUGCUACUAUUGAGAUGUCAGCUUUCUGUAUUAUGCGUGUUUGUUGGCUUCCUACUGUACAGUGUCGCCCACAAAUACAAAACGUAAUGGCCAUUGAA